UGCGCUGCAUUCUUUUCUUACACGCGACUGACUGCAGAGAGAGAGAGAGAGAGAGAGAGAGAGAGAGAAUUCAACCACGGCUACCAUGGCGACGACCAUUGAUGCAGAAUACGACAGAGCAACGGAGGUCAAGAAGUUCGACGAUGCCAAGAUCGGAGUCAAAGGCCUUGUCGACUGCGGCAUCACCACCAUUCCCCGCUUCUUUGUUCACCCAUCCGAGAUCCUUUCCGACCUCAAACCCGGCUCCGGAACCCAACCUGGACCUGAAGACAUCCCCGCCAUAGACCUUUCCGAUCAUCGACGAUCCACUGUUGUUGAAAAUAUCAGACGCGCUGCCUCCACUUUCGGAUUCUUCCAGGUAAUCAACCACGGCGUCCCGUUGGGAGUUCUGGACCGUACGAUGGCAUCCAUCAAGGGGUUCUACGAGCAACCAACGGAGAUAAAAGCGCGGGUCUACCGUAGAGAGAUAGGCACCGGAGUAUCUUACAUGUCCAACGUCGACUUGUACCAUUCCAAAGCCGCCAGUUGGAGGGACACUAUCCAGAUAAGAGUAGGUCCCAGAAUGGUGGAUCCCGAGGAAAUUCCAGAGAUAUGUAGAAAGGAGGUGAUCGAGUGGGACCGAGAGAUCAAACGGCUUGGAGAGGUUCUGAUGGGUCUGCUGUGUGAAGGGCUGGGAGUGGACACCGGGAGGUUGAAGGACAUGACAUGUUUGGAAGGGAGAGUGAUGGUUGGCCACUACUAUCCUUACUGCCCACAGCCUGAUCUGACGGUUGGGCUUGCUUAUCACACCGAUCCUGGGGUUUUGACGGUGGUGCAGCAGGACCAUGUUGGUGGAUUGCAGGUCAAAUAUGGUGGGUCUUGGGUCGAUGUUAAGCCUAUCCCCGGAGCUCUUGUUAUUAACGUUGGGGACUUGCUUCAGAUUAUAUCAAAUGAAGAAUACAAAAGUGCAGAGCAUAGAGUGUUGGCCAACCCAUCCCAUGAGGCACGAGCCUCAAUUGCAGUUUUCUUCAACCCAAGCAAUAGAGACGACCAGUAUGGACCCCUGCCGGAGUUGAUAUCACCAGAGAAACCAGCUCUUUACCGGCCAUUCACAUUAACGGACUUCAUGACGAGGUUCUUCAAAAAGGAGUUGGAUGGCAAAUCUUUGACAAAUUAUUAUAAGCUGUAAAACACUGAUUAAACAUCUGUACAAGGUGAAUUUCAGCUCUGUAAGUUAAAUUCAACAUUGUUACAAUGUUAAAUUCAAAAUAUGUGAUAUUUGUAAACUUGUGAAUGGCAUGAGAAUUGAGAAAGAGCUUAACCAAAGGCACACAGGGCAUGUAUAUAUUUGGUGUAUCAACUGAAAUCUUGUGACUUA